UCCUGUCGUGGCCAAUAUAAAAAGCUGCUCUGCUCCGACUUUCUGAGACUGAACCCAUUUUUUUCCUCAGGCUGACGAAGAAGUGAAUAUGCCCACUCAGUGCAACCGACCGUACUUUCUGUGUACAUGUUUUCAAGUAUAGAUGCAUCAUGGAUUUCAACUUAACGCUCUCGGGGCGCGACUUGGCCGGCUUGGGUGCGAGACUCUUUAGGAAUAACUCGCUGUUUCCGUUUGAAAACAACACCACCGAUUCCAAAACGGAGGAGGAAGACUUGGAAGUCAACACGGACGUUUACUCCAGAGUGAUAGUCACUGUCAUCUACGCUGCGCUGUUCGCCGUGGGCACCCUGGGGAACUCCAUCACCCUGUACACCCUGCUGACCAAAAAGACCCUGCAGAACCUCCAGAGCACGGUGCAUUACCACCUGGCCAGCCUCGCCGUCUCCGACCUGCUCAUCCUCGUCCUCUCCAUGCCCAUCGAGAUCUACAACUUCAUCUGGUUCCACCACCCGUGGGUGUUCGGGGACGCCGUGUGCAGGGGUUACUACUUCCUCCGGGAUAGCUGCUCGUACGCCACGGCGCUCAACAUCACCAGCCUGAGCGUGGAGCGCUACAUGGCCAUCUGUCACCCGUUCAAAGCCAAGAGCAUCAUGUCCCGCAGCCGCACCAAGAAGCUCAUCAGCGCCAUGUGGCUCGCGUCCUUCGCGCUCGCCCUGCCGAUGCCCUUCGUCAUGGGCCAGGUGAUGCGUAGAGGCGAGAAGAUAUGCACCGCGAUCGUCUCUCCUGUCACCAUUAAGACCGUGCUGCAGGUAAACGCCUUUCUGUCCUUUGUGAUACCCAUGGUGGCCAUAUCGGCACUGAACGGAGUCAUAGCCAAUCAGCUGUUGCGAAUGUUCCGUGAGGCAGAGCAAGAAAACCGUGUCUGCAUCAUUGGGGGAAAUCCCACCAUGCUGAAUGCCACCACGGAGCCCAACCGUGCUCGCUCGCUUCGCCAUGGAGUUCUUGUUCUCCGAGCGGUGGUCAUAGCCUUCGUGGUCUGCUGGCUGCCCUAUCACGCUCGCCGCCUCAUGUUUUGCUACGUCUCUGACUGGUCCGAUGACUUGUAUGACUUCUACCACUAUUUCUACAUGCUGACCAACGCCCUGUUUUACGUCAGUUCGGCCAUCAAUCCAAUCCUCUACAACCUGGUGUCAGCCACCUACCGCCAGAUCUUCUUCUCCACGCUGCGCUACUUCUGCAUGCCCUGCCGCCAUACACCUAGGAGGCGCCCCCACCCUCUAACCCGCCGCUCCAUAAGCAUCUCCAGCAACCACACCCUCUCCACCAACAUCAUCAAAGAGACGGCGUACUGAUUGGGCUGCAAAGGAAUACACUUUCUCAUGCUAUAAACCCACCUGCUGCCACUUUGUGAUUACUGGUCCAACUUACUUCAUAAAGGACAUUCUGGAACUGGUUUAGAGAGAUAACUGGGGUUGUUGUAUCAUGUGGGGCCAGAUGCACAUUUUAUAUGUAAAUGUUUUAUACUGUGUAUUUCUAUACAUGCUUUUAUUGGACAGUGUACACUACUGUUUCAGUGUUUUUAAGAUUCAACUUAUAAACCUCUUGGAAGAACUUUCUCCAGAAACAUGGCCUUUGGCAAUACUUUCACCACUUGCAAAGGUUCUGAUGUAACCCUCACACAAGGAGCAAAUAGUUCGUAUUUCUCUUUCUUGAAUCCAAGUUGCAUUGACAGCUGUAUGGGAAGAAUCUCUUGCAUCAUUACCACACUUACUUCUCUUGACUCAUUGGCUUUAUCCCGAACAGCUUUGAAGCAAACAUUUAGUUGAACAGAGGGAGAGUUCAGAUAAUAGCGAGUCCUAAGACUCUGGUCCAUGGAAUUUUGUAAAUAGUGCAGACAAAGAUUAUGAUUAUUUCUGGUAAUAGCUUACUGCAUUCAUUUAAAAAUGUGAACUAAGUGUGUUGACAGAGAAAUGUCUGUGAUUGAUUUUUUUUGAAGUAUUUGGACAUUAGUGACCAUGUGGAGCAAAUAACACAUGUUGGAAAGUAAUUAGUGCAUAGAAAACAGGAUGCAUUCCUGAAAAUGUUGGAAAACAGGAGCACUUCAACAGACACAGAGCACCCAGUCCAACACACCUGCUGCUUGAGCAAUCAGAGGCAGGGAGAGAUUUCCUUUAGGAACAACACCAAGAUGUUAAACAAUCUGGACUCUCCUAUCAGUUAUUAGAUGAUUUGAUUGCAUCUACAUAGAAGUCUCCUUCCAGAACAAGAUUUUAACUAUAGCGGGUUAUUAUGCCAUAAACAUCAAUAUUGGCCUCAUGGUGUAUGUCCAUCAGCGGCAAUGUUCGGUGCCAAGUGUUGUUUGGGCAGUGGUGGCCUAGAGGUUAGAGAAGAGAGCUUGUGACCAGGAGGUCAUCGGUUCAAUCCCCAGACCAAUAGGAUAAAAUUAAUUACCGCUGAGGUGCCUUCCCUUAACCCCAACUGCUCCAGUGGAGCUGCUCAGUGGCCAGCAGAUCAGACUAUGGUUGUGCUGGGCAGCUUCCAGGUGUGAAUGUGUGCAACUGUGUGAAUGUGAUCAGGGCGUUCCUGCAAGAGAGGCUGCCCCUCAGUGAACCUCCCCUGAAUAAAUAAAGGUUAAAUA